AAACGGUCCUUGUUCAAGCAGAGAGUGAAAUGACCGAACACAGCUACCCUUUUGGAACCGCAUCGUGGUCCCGCAACUUGCUUUAGUGAUCGUUUCUGCGAAGCUUCAACGAUGAGCUGGAAGAACUUUGUGCUCCCCCUGCUGCUGUUGUGCUUGUGGGGGCCCUGCGAGGAAGGAGCGCAAGCUUGCACCUGCUUCCCGAUGCAUCCGCAGGCGGUGUAUUGCCAAGCGGAUGCUGUCGUUAUCAAGGCGAAGGUUGUUGGAGUAACACCUGGCACGGAAGGGAGACUCACAAAGUAUGAUAUCAACCUCAUCGAGACCUUCAAGGGUGCUGAAAAGCUCUUUACUGCUAUUUACACCGGGCCCAACCCUGCAGCGUGUGGAGUCACUCUGACCAAGGGUGUUGAAUAUCUACUCAUGGGGAGACCGGAUUCCAAUGCCUCACUGCACGUGCAUCUAUGUGACUUCUAUCAACCGUGGGAUGACUUGAGUAACAAACAAAGGGAUGUGUUGUACCACUACGGCGAGGGCUGUGAUUGCACGAUCAAGACCUGCUUCUCCUUCCCGUGCUGCAUGACUGUUCCGACAGAGUGCUUGUGGACAGACUUCCUGCCAAAGAUGAGCAAUGGUGACCAGGCCCAGAACUUUGCUUGCAUCAAGAAAAGGGGCGGCUCUUGUGCCUGGUACGAGGGGGUUGCUCACAAUCAUCGGGACGACCUACCAGGGCAUGAGAUGGAAACUAAUCAAUAAAAAUUGAUGAAGCCAAAGCUGUUGGGUUCAAUGAGAAUAAAUCACUGAUUAAAUUGCU